AUGUCGUACCACCCAACAACGUCAAAAUGCCAAUUUUCCCUCACAGUAGCGCCAUUCACAAAUAUUUCCUUCCUCCUUGUACUUCCACAUUCCUGCGUUUGGCUUGAAGACUUGAAGCUGAAGCUUUCAUUGACGGACAAGACCUUGAGGGAUGUUGGAAGUGUCAGGGAGGACACAGAAGUCGCGGUGGAAAAGCCUGGUCAUUUCAUUUUGGAACAUCACUUUCACAAGAAGUCCACAAGGUUCCAAUUCCAUGGGCACACGAAAGUGGCCGAUAAGCCCGUAUAUCUUACCUUCGUCCACCACCACGGCCCCGAUGUGACGACGCUGGAGGCCAACACCACACUGAGUGAUGACACUAAGGCAGUUGUGAAACACAAUUUCGCCAAGAAAGGUCCUUUGGUGCGAUUGGAGCACAGGUACAAGGACACCAUCUUUAAGCCACUGUACGACUUCGGCGAGGGGAAAUGGGCCGUGGGAUUUCAGAUCAAGCAGAAGUUGAAAAGGGAUCACCUGGAGGUGUCAUACUGGCACCACAGGGAGCGGGCUGAAGUCGAGUACCACAAGCACACCGAUGAAGGUGGUCCUUUCAAGGUCAUUGCCGUCUUCCACUGCAAGCAUGGUGGGAGGCGCCCAGCAUUGCUGCCGCGAUUUACGCGAUUUCAGUUUAGCAGGAAGAAAGUGAAUGGUACGGAGUUCAUGGAGUCUGCUGUUCAGCACGAGGAGCAAGAGUCGCCGUGUUCUGUAGACAGAGAAGCCAUGUCCAUGCCUCGUCGAUCUGACUUCACUUACACUUCUUGUUACUGUGAGGAAAACGUGUAUUUGCUCUGUCGUUCGCUGGUUUCAAAAGGCGUCGCACACGUGGAUGAUUUGGCCGUCGUCUUCAUUUCCAAUCCUGACCGCAAGGUUCCCAUGUGGUGUCAGAAGGCCAGCAUGUGUCGCUCCGAUGAUAACAGUGGGAAUGAGGGGGGCAAUGGUGGGGAGGAGCAGGGUUUGGUGGUUUGGGACUACCAUGUCAUUGCCAUCCAUGUGAAGCACAUCAAUGGAGAGGGAGUUAGUGACGGAGCAGGAUCUGAAAGGAGUAGGUGUCGCAAGUGGUAUGUGUGGGACCUUGACACAGUAUUGGCCUUUCCAAGUCUUGCAACCGAGUAUGUGCGGCGAGCGCUGUGGGCUGGGAGAACUUCCCUCCUUCCUCUACAAGAUUCUUAUCAAAGGCUUUACAGGGUGGUUUCUGCUUCCAAUUAUUUCAGAUUCUUUGCGUCUGAUCGGUCUCACAUGCGUGACACUAUCACAAACAUUUGGCUAGCCAGCCCUCCAACGUAUCCAUGCAUUUUCUCUCAAGAUGGUGAGACGAACAGGCUGGAGUCAUACAUCCAAAUGUCCCCUGUUGACUCCGUGGACAUUAAGGUGGUAUGUAAGGACUAUUCUGAAUGUAACCCAGAAAGUGUGAACUGGGUUGCUUGGAAGACGUUGCUUUGUGCACACAACUUCGGGGUGGUACUGGAUGAAGUGUCAUUUUGCCUGCUCCUUGGAGCAAGUGUUUGA